UCAUAUCCACUCCCCGACCUUACCUUACCUUACCGUACAAAAUAAAUAAAUAUUUGGAUCUUUUCUGGGAUAUUGUAUUCGCAUCGCAUAUUCUCUCUGUAUCUUUUCGUUUCUACUAUAUUAGUUUGGUGGAAAACUCUUUUUUUUUUUUUCUUUUUCUUUUUCUUUUUAUUGUAUUCAAUAAUCUGUUUCUUUGCCAAACUGUGAAAAUUUUCUACCUCAACAUUGGCCAUUGUACAUAUGUUGUGGGAUUGAAGUACACUCAAAUCCUGUACAUUUGAAGGUGUUUGUAAUUAUUAUAGAGGCAGCAUACUGAAAUUUGAGAUCUGGGCAUUGGAUUUCUGAGUUGAAUUCAUGGGGAGCACAGAAGAGAGAAUUGUUGCUGUAAUCAUGGUGGGCGGACCAACUAAAGGUACAAGAUUCAGACCACUGUCAUUGAACAUUCCGAAGCCACUAUUUCCAUUAGCAGGACAAGCAAUGGUCCAUCAUCCUAUCUCUGCUUGUAAAAGGAUCCCAAAUCUGGCACAGAUCUACCUAAUUGGUUUCUACGAGGAGCGGGAAUUUGCAUUAUUUGUUUCUUCAGUUUCUAACGAGCUUAGAGUUCCCGUCAGAUACUUGAAAGAGGAUAAGCCACAUGGUUCAGCUGGUGGUCUUUAUAACUUCAGGGAUUUGAUCAUGGAAGACAACCCGUCACACAUUGUAUUGCUGAAUUGUGACGUUUGUUGUAGUUUUCCACUGCCUGAUAUGCUAGAGGCCCACAGAAGAUAUGGUGGAAUGGGAACUAUUUUGGUAAUCAAGGUAUCUCCUGAGUCAGCAUACCAGUUUGGGGAACUUGUGGCUGAUCCUGUUACUAAUGAACUGUUGCACUAUGCUGAGAAACCUGAAACUUUUGUACGUAACAAUUCUGAGAUUUAUUUAGUAUUUAAUUCUUGUACUGCUUCAUGA